AUGCUGACGAGCGAUGCUGCCGACUCGCAAAGUCGGCUGCAGCUCUUGUGGCUCAGAGCCACCCGUGUGGUGGAAAAUUUGUGGAUGAGAAAACCAAAGGCCGACAGCUUAGGCCACCUGCAGGUGGACGUGACGAGCACGCGUGGCCGCAGGUGGCAGUGGCCCGCCCCCGUCUCGUGGCCGGCCGUGGUGUCUGAGGCAUGUGCUGGGCAGGUCACGAGUCAUCAGGUCAUCGGGGACAAGGCCAGUAGCCUGUCCUGCCCCCAGACUGAGGGUCCUCAGGCGCUCGCCCAGGCCCAACGCUUCGGCCCCAGUGGGAUUGACCCGCUGCCCUGCGUGACCUCGCGGCUGGCCCGCGGUGGCCGUCUGCUGCGAGUUGCAGCCCCGGCUCUGCGGCGGCCCCGAAGCUCUCCUCGCCGACGGCGGCGGCGGCCGGCGGUGUGUCCCCAGGCUGCGAGUGUCCUGCGAGUGACCCGCCCGGGACGUCAGCGCUGUCCCGUCAGCUCGGCCAGCGCCGUGGCCCGUGGAGCCCCGUGGGGCGCGGCGUUUGGCUGCCCGGGGACCUCCCCGCCCAGGGACCCCCAGCCGGCCCGUCUCUCGGGCAUCCGCAGUUCGCACUGCUGCUCCUGCCCGUUUUCCGGGAGCCCCAGGCGCCGGUGCCCCACUGGCCACGCGGGCCCGGCCACCGCGAGCGCCUGCGGCCCCUCCCGCGCAGGAGCACAGGCGCUGCAGCGCUGUGUCCGGAGCCUGACGUGUGGGGGAGAUCCAGGUGCGCCCUUGAGUGGGGGCGGGGCUGCUUUCCCGCUGACGUGUCUGCGCGCAGGCCUGGCCAGCGAGGGGGACGCAGGCGCUGCAGCUCCGGCGGGCGCAGCCGAGCCGUGUCCGGCACCGGGCUCCGUUUGGACGGGGGCCUGCACGUGUAGCGCGUCUGCGGGCGACCGCGUGGCGGAUCGUGUGCGGGGCGCAGGUCGCGCGCAACGAGCAGCUGAGCAGCACGGGCACGCGGGAGACAAGGGGCCUCUGCGCGUCCGGAGGCCCCGAAGCCGGACGCUGAGGGAGCGGGCCGGGGCAGGCGGCACGUCCAGUCUGCUAAACACAGGCACCAGCAACGGGCAGCCUGGGGGAGAUCGGCCGACGCAGCGGCUGGGCCCGUCCGGAGCGAGCAGCUGCAGCAGCGCCCAGGCCGUGGGGACAGAGGGACUCGGGCGGGAGCGGCCGCGCCUCGCCGCCCCCAGGGCUGCUGACGGCCGCCAGGGCCCAGCUCUCCGUUCGGAUGCCGUCACGCAAGCCUGCGACCUCCGCGUGACGUGCAUCCACAGUGCGUGUGGCUGCGCCGUCGUGGCAGGCCCCGCGACCGCGGAAGUCCACGUGACCAGAGGAGUAGCUGACACACAGCUCCGUCAGUGUGGCCACGUGGUUUCCGUGGACUGUGACGUGAUUGCCACAGCCGCUGCAGCUGACACCGUCAUCACGUGGAGAUACAAAAUCUUCUGUCUCUUUUCAUGCGAACUAGGAGCUGAGUUCAACAAGUCGCGAGUGACCGUGGAGCACGUCAGUGAACUGCAUGGGCUUCGCUGUGUAAAGCGGUUCCUAACUCGGUUACGCGGAGCCCCCGGUGCGCCUGACGGCCGCUGGCUGGGCCCUGUGCGAGUGCGGUGGCGGGACAGUGGCGGCGGUAGCCGCCGGAACGCGCGGGCCGCGGUGGCUUCCUGCCCCCAGCAGCACGAGAACCUUGUCCCGUCCCUUGCCCUUGACAACUCCCGCAAGCCCGGCGCCUCACGCGGCCCCAGGUGCCCGCCGGGAAGGACGUGUGCCCGGCUCUCUGCCCGGCUCUCUGCCCGGCUCUCUGCCCGGCGCUCGUCAGCAAAGCGACCCGUCAGUGGCACUGUAGCCCCUGGGGAUCACAGGGCGUCGCGCGGCCUCGGGGGGCAUCGGCUCCCUCCUGACACCGCCCCUCCCUCCACGCGGACCCCUGGGGAGCCGCCGCCCGCGCCGGGUGGCCACUCACCUUGGGCAGCUGCCCAGGCCGGCGCCGAGACGGCGACCGUGGCCGCGGCCGUGGCUGCUUGUCCAAGCGUCUCGCCUGUCCCUUGCGGGCUGGCGAAGGCCGGUCGCUGUGCAGCUCACGCCGAGCACCUGGUGGCCGACCUCGUCCACUGCGUCCUCGCCGGCCUGCGCGUGUGCCGUCUGUUCACGGCACGAGCGGAAACUCUGCAGCGAGACAAAGGCAGGGGGAAGCGCCGGAAGCGCUCACGGCGGCUGGGCGCCGCUCCAGGGGUGCCGCAGGGCCGCGCUCAGCUGGGCGUCCCCGGGGGCCGCUGGGAGCUGUCCACGGAGCAGAGCCCCGGAGACUACGUGGGCGUGCUGGAGAGCGUGCUGCGCCGAGGCCGGCGUGACGACCCCGGCCACGGCCCUGCCGGCCUCACGUCCCCCCGUGGCUGUGCCACGUGCCGGCAGCGCAGGGCCGGCAUCCGCGCGCUUCCUGGGCCGGCGCGCGCCUCGCUGCUAACCGGCGGCGUGCUUAUCCCGCAGGACCCCGGCGAGAUGUUUGUUGUGUUGAGAGAUGAAGUGACCGGCGGCACAGUGGACGUCGAGUUCUCGGCGAGGGAGCAGCGUGCGCGGGCCCGGGCAGCCCCCUGGAGCAAGACGGUCUGGCGCGUGAAGGCCGUCGAUUUCCCCGCCGGCCCGGUGGCCGUCCAUGUCCACUGCGACGGACUCCUCGUGGCCACGGCAGAGAUCACGUACCACGCGGCAGCAAGGGCGGCGGCACCGGGCGCGCCGGCAGGGGACGCCGAGUGCCAGCGCACCCUGGCGGAGCUGGACGGAGCCCUGACGGCGCUGCUGAGACGCGACAUCCCCAACUACCGCUUCCAGCCGGCCCAGCCGCAGGCCUGCGCGCGGACGGAGCCGUCGCCACUGAUGCUGCGGAGCCUUGGAUAUCCCCCCGUGGGGCUGAAGAAUCAGGACUUGUGCGCGCUCUCUUCGAAGAGAGGCUCUCGGCCGACAGAGAUACUGUUCACUCUCCAAACGGACAUCCCAUGGGGUCCCUUUGGCGGGCGUGGGCGAGAAGCCACCCCGGGGUCUGCACCGGACCUGAGCAGCCCGACCCGGCUGUCCCCUGAGCGCCUCCCCGUGCGGGUCAGUGUCGCGGCCGAGAGCCCGGCGCUGCGGCAUGUGGCCAUCCAAGAAAUUAGUAGAAAUAACGAACAAGAAAACAACUGCGAAGAGGCCUUGGCGGUGUGGUCUCCCGACACAGCUGCGCGGCUCCGGCGUCCUCCCGGCCACGAGCAGACGCGCGGGCUGGACACCGGCGGGGCCGAGGCCUCCAGGGCGGCACAGGAAGGCGGGCAGGGCGCGGCCUGCGCCGAGGGCACCGAGAGCCAGUACGAGGACCUGUACGUGUGUGUGCCGGGAGGCGGCCCCGAGUGCCUCCCGCCGAGCCCGAGCCCCAGCGGCAGGCCCCCGCUGCCCCCGCCCCGGGCCGUGCCCGCCUCCCCCCAGCUGGAGAAACCCCGUGGCGCUUCACAAGGUAACGUGUGCGCGAACGUCCGUCUUCCUCCAGUGCGGCCUUGGGAGGGCCAGCGUGGGCUGCUGACUCCUGCUCACAGAGGGCGCGGGGACAGUCAGGUGCUGGCCGCGUCCGGAGCGGCCCACACAGCUGCUCGGCCCAGCCCGCCCAUCGGGCUCACCCCGCUGGCGAGCACGGUGUCCCCCGUACCUCCAGUGACUGUCACAGUGACCAUGGUGCUGGGCGGUGCAUUUUGGGGCGGUCGGGUCAGCCUGCCCGGGACCCAGCAGUGUGACCCAGAAGCACGGCUGACAGGCUCGCAGCCGGAAGCCCGCGGUCUCUGCAGAGGAGCCUGUACCCAGCCUGCCGCCGCCCAGGCUUCCUGCGUCGGCUCCACGCGCUGGCUGUUCGUCCAGCAGCUGCCGUCCCCCCACUGGGAGACGCUGGAGGGCCUCGUGGACAGGCAGCCCAGCGGAGGCACUGCUGGCUGGAGGCCAGAGCCAGCAGGGGGCCCCCAGGAAGAGGAGGAGCCAGAGGAGGACCCCUACACCUUUGCUGAGGUCGAGGACAGCGAGUACGACGUGAUCCUGGCUGACAGGAGCAGCGCGAGGCGAGCCGGCCGGUCCUUCCUCAUCAACAGGCCCCCGGCCCCCACGCCGCGGCCCGCGUGCACCCUGUCGGGAGACGCGGCCAGGCCCUACAUCGCGCAAGUGUUUCAACAGAGGACGGAAAGGACAGCCAGAGCACAGCCUGACGGGGACAGGACCCACGGGCCUCGGAGGCAAGCAGACCGGCCUGGCGCACAGAGCCAGGUCCACACCCCGGUGAGGGCCCACCUGGACGCAGGCAGGGAGCCCAGCGCCCUGCAGGACAAGGCCCGCGGCGGGAGGCUGGCGGCGGACCAGGCCCUGGAGCACCUGCGGCCCCGGCACAGGGGGACCGGCCCGGAGACACCACGGCAGGGGUCGCGGCCCUUCGGCCGGGGCUACCCGGCGGGGCUGGCUCCUGCCUCCACCCGUCUCUGCAAGGGCUGGGAGGUGCCCGCGCAGGUGGCGCCCCCACGGGAGUGUGCCCUGGCGCUGGUGUGCAGGACGCGGCCUCUGGCCAUAGGCAGGUUCCUCCCACCGGCCGCGCCUUGGCGGCUCAUCCCAGAUGGGGCAGCGUCUGCCGCGGGUGAGCGCUCAGCUUUCGGCUUGUCCUUUCCCAUGCCGCUGGCUGCUGGCUUCGUGGCAGGAGGGGCGGGAGGUGCUCGGCCUGGCCCGCUCACCGUGCUUGUGCUGGCAGCCGGCUCGAGCCCGGCCCUGGACAAGCAGCGCGCACCCCGAGACAGCGUGGUCGGGAGGAAGCUGGAAGACGACGCCCGUGGCCUCAUUCAGCCGGACACCACGCUGAGCGUACAGCGCCCUCGGGGCAAGACGGACAGCCCCGAGGUGCUGCUGCUGGGUGAAAUGGGUCACGGGGAAGGCAGGUACCCAGGCUCGCUCAUCGCGUGGCCUCGUGUGGAACACGUAGCCAGGCAUCCCCCCCCUCUGGGGACAUGCGGACUUGGAGCCAGGGUGCAGUCUGGGGGUACUGAGGGUGUCACCGGGUACGAUGGGGAGGCCGGGUGUCCAGGCUGCAGGGGCAGAAAGGAGCAGCAGAAGCCAGCUGGGGAGAAGUGGGCGUCUCCUGCGGGACCCAGCAGGGCUGUGGGGACGGCCGCUGAUGGCGAGCUGCGGGCAGUAGCCCGAGGAAGCCUUGUCCACCCGCCCAUCAGCCUCUGCGGGGUCUUGGCAGCGUGCUGGUUGGUCAGCGGCGCCUUUCGACACCCCCUCAUCCCUCAGCGCCUGUUCUUUGCGUAUGUGGCUUCGUAA